GACCUGACGCUGCGCCACUGCUUCGCUUUGGAGGGGCAUCUCCAGGUCCUGGUCGACAACGCGCCGGCGCUCACCAGCCUGGUGCUGGUGAACCUCCGUCAGAAGUCGCCGGAGCAACCUGGUUCUGACAAGACGAUUUACAUGCAUAACACUUUCAGCCUGCGCCUCCGCCUCCGCUGUCCCACGGUCACCGCCCUGGUGCUCGAGACCCAUUAUCUCGGCUGGCGUGAGCUCGACGAUCCCGCCAACACGGGCAUCGAGCUCGACAUGCCGAGCCUGCGAUCCUUCCGCUACAACGGGUACCCUCUCAAGCUCUCGCUCGCAUCACCCGCGCCGGCGCUGGCACAUGUCGACCUCGACGCCACUCGCCACGGCGACAGCGUCCAGCAGUACGAGCCCACGUCACGCAUGCUCACCAGCUUCUCCAGCACGAGGGCGCUCAAGCUGCGCCUGGACAACAUCGAAGACAUCCUGGCCGGCGAGGCCAUCCUGCCCACGUUCCCAAACCUCAAGCUCCUCCAAGUGCACGGGGGGUGCAAGGACACGGACAGAAGCACAGCGGUGGCAGUGGCGAGGCUGCUCGCCUCCUGCCCGGCCAUGUCCGAGCUGCGCCUCAGGCUGGAGAUGUCGGCCCACUACUGGUACAACACCGAGGACCCAGCCGGAGGCCCCUUCGGCGAAUCCAUGGACCGGUUCGAGAGGCUCGCGUGCAUGUCCUCGGCGCAUCGCGACGCGGUGCAGCUCGAGGGCGUCUCUGGGCUCCCGAACGCCCUGACAAACAGCAAGUUCAGCUGCCUGGAGACGACCCUGCGCAAGGUAACGCUGCAGUUCAAGGCCAGGGAGGUCAACUGCUUCCAGGUGCGGCUGGCCAAGUUCCUCGUGGAGAACGCCAUGGUGCUCCAGGAGAUGCACGUCGACGACGACGGCAGCCAGUUCUGGUCGGACCACCUCCGCCACAAGGUGGCAAGAUGGAGAACCAAUGCGUUCCAGACCAGGAACCUGCCAGACGCUGCCGGGUUUCGGGUCUACCAGCUAGCUAACCCUGUGAUAGACCCUAAGAAACAGUCAGGCUACGAUUAGGAUGCACCUGUAAUAAUGACAAAACAUCAUAUGUCAUAUAUAUUUCCCCUUCAAUAACUGAUGAUUUACUUAUUGUUCAUGGUCCACUGGCAUGAUAUAGAGCCUCCCGGAAAGAGAUGUAGCCUCCCGGAAAGAGAUGUACAAAUUGGGAGUAAAUUUUACGCAUCAUGCUGGAUAUAUGAUUGAUAGAGUAUUUGUCCAAAA